UGACCAAUCCAGAACAACGGAGAGGUGAAAGGAAAGACGCUCGCAGGUUAACAUUGCUCGUAAUCUUAAUUCUUGAAAAUUUACACGUAAAAAGAAAGCGAGAGUCUGGAAUCUCAUUCCUACAACAAAACAGUCAUGCUACUGCUACGUACACAGUAUCCUAUUUCGUAUCAUUAUCAAAAACCAACUAACACUGAAUCAUCAUUGAUCAUUUUGCCUUACCACCAGCGAUUGGUAUUUUAAUUCAUUGAAUCGCAUGUUAGUUUUAUAUGGGCACGUGUGUACAAUAUGUUAUAAUAGAUGAUUCAAAAAGAAUCAAAUCGAAAUGCUGUCAUGAAAAAAAGAAAGAAAAACGGUGCCGAAUAUGUUUCUAAUUUUAUCGUUACUAUUAUCGAUCUCAGGUAUCGUGGUGGUCAUUGACCCGGUCAACGCUGCCCAGCAAUAUCGUGGAAAUUCUUUAGGGAAGUUGAAUUCUUAUCAUCAUCAAGUGUCAGCUGAUGUAUUUGCCAUAGAUGAGUAUACGUUGCUUUUGGCUGGCUUCACUUACGAUGGCACAGGUACUGAUACGUUCUUUUGGGCUGGAGCAUCGACACGACCAGGUCCCCAAGGUUUUAUCGUACCCAACGAAUAUGGAAAAACGGAUGUAUUGAACAGAUAUCUAAAUAAAGAUAUCAGAAUAACGCUACCAGAUCGAAAAAAAAUCACUGAUAUUAAAUGGUUCGCUGUGUACGAUCUCACACGUCAGAGCGCAUUUGGAGACGUUUAUAUACCGGAAGAAUUUGAACCACCUGUUACUCAAACGAUUUCUCAAUUAACAGGUCGAUCUCAUGGAGUAACGUCAGGUCCUAUUGAAAUCCUCGACGCGAAAACUAUCACGAUUCCUCAAUUCACAUACAAUGGAGCCGGCCAAGAUACGUAUUUCUGGGUCGGUCUGGGUCCUCAACCAUCUUCUAAAGGAUACAAAGUGCCGGAUGAAAAUGGAUAUUUAGAUCCUCUUCGCGUUUACACCGAAGAAACGGUUACUUUGGAGUUACCAGGAGAUUUGACCAUUUUUGAUAUCGAUUGGUUGAGUAUUUACGAUGUGGCUAGCAAACAAAACCUAGGCUAUGUGAUUAUUCCGGAUGAGCCAAAUGUUCCUCCAUCGUUAUCAAAGAUUGAUGCUCACAAGACAACUUUACCAAACUGUGUACAGCUACAUAAACGUAUGCAAGUAGGAUGGGAAAUAUUUGGACCUCAAAUCACCAUCCAAUUGGCCGGUCUGGUGGAUGAAGAUGAAUACAUGGCGUUCGGCACGAGUGGAGCUGUAGACAAGCCUCAAAUGUUGGGCAGCGAUGUAACGAUAGCUUAUAUAGAUGGUCACAGAGGAUACGCCAAUGAUUAUAAUAUUACUGCAGAAUCUUCGUGUACUAAAGUCUUGGGACAGUACAAAGGAGUAUGUAAAGAUGAACUAGUCGGUGGUCAAGAUAAUAACCAACUUCAUACGGCGGUCAGAGAAGAUGGUGUCAAUAUUAUCACAUACCGGAGGACGUUAAUUUCGCCUGAUAUCGGAGAUAAAGAAUACAAAAUGGAAGGCUCUAGUCAAUUAAUUUGGGCAAUUGGAAAAUUAUUCCACGAUAAAGAACCAGCCAUACAUUCGGUUUAUCCGAGAGGACCGCUCAAUAUCGAGCUUCACAAAAAAGAAUCGAUCAAUACAUGUUUCCCAUUUGUGAAAAGCUUCUCUAAACCGAGGAUUGAUACUUGGGAACGAACCAGAGUCAUAGACAAAUCCCUGCGUACAUUUACAGCCUCACUAGGACCAUCAGGAGGUAAAAAAGGAUACGAAGGAAUCACAAAUAUGCCUUCGAGUGGUCUAGUCUGGUACAUAGAUGGGAAAAUAUCGCCGGAAGUAUGGAUGCGAAGAGGUUACACCUAUUCAAUUUACGUCCACGGUGGUAAUAAUCCACACAGCGCUGAAUACUAUAAUCCUCUGAUUAUUACUGACGAACCUCAUGGAGGAUAUGAACGGUUAUCCGAUCAAGCUCAAAAGCACGUUAAAGUAUUGGCCGGUGUUCAGUUCACUUUACGAGGACAGGCUCGACCCACCGCUGUUGGUCCAUUAUGUUUGGCUAAACGCAAAGGAACUGAUAUGAGACUAGAUGAUCGACACGCGACGUUCAAAAAAUUCAAUCGUACUUUAACGUUUACCUGCGAAUCUGGAGAAGCAGCUGUACUCGAUAUCACACCGAAUUCUUCCUGGCCUGAUACCGUGUACUACAAUAGUUUCACUAGAGUGAACACCGGAUGGAAAAUCCAUAUCGUCGAUUCCUUCAAUUUACCAGGCAUCAGCGGCGGCUCAUCCAUUACUGCGCUUUCAAUUCGAUCCAGCGCACCUUUGUUCCUAAUCGUUGUUUAUCUCUUACGCUUUCCUAUUCGACCGUAAACGCAAUUAAUUAGCUUUUACUUUGAAUUCUGUGUUUUUUUUUUAAUUUUUCGAUGAAUAUAUAAGUCAUAUAUUGAUAACUUUAUCUAUAUCAGAUAUGAAUAAUUAUAAAUUUGUAACGAAAAUGUGCAAUAUAAAUGGAAUAAGUA